AUGGCCCGCUAUAACCCGGGGCUGAACGGCGUCGUCAUCGGCCUCUUAUCAUCAUUUGGAUCUGCUAUCUUGAUCCUCUGCAUUUUCCUAGCGUUUUACUUCUUCAGAUACACAGCGUCCGGACGCAUAUUUCUCGACCGCAUCGGCCGGCCAGGUGAAUACGAUGAUGAGCAGGCGUUUGCGCGGGACGAGGCCGAGGCCCUCGAGACUAUGGAUGAUAUGCAAAGGACAGAGUAUUUAAGGGCCAAGGCUUUCAUCGCUGCGAACCCUCCCGAAUCCGUGCAGACCGAUAUCUCACUGUCCCAGUACCUGGCCAUCCAAGAAAAGGGCGUAUCAGCAUGGGAGUUCGAGCCGGAGCUAGAGAUUGCAAACUGUUUUGUUGAAGCCCGGACCGAGAUCGAGUUCUUCGAUUCGGAGUGCACUGUGAUGAGCAACCUGCCAGUUCCAAAGCAAAACGACGUUUACUACUGGGAAGCAAAAAUCUACGACAAGCCCGAAAGCUCCUUGAUAAGCAUAGGCAUGGCCACCAAGCCGUACCCGUUGUUCAGGUUACCCGGCUUCCACAAAUACUCUGUGGCCUACUUGUCCAACGGCACACGACGCUACAAUCAACCGUUCACAGCUACCCCUUAUGGGCCACAGAUCGUGCAGGGCGAUGUCAUCGGGGUUGGCUACCGUCCCCGGACUGGCACGAUUUUCUUUACACGCAACGGCAGGAAAUUGGAAGACGUGGUUCACGGACUGAAGUCGCAGAAUUUCUUCCCUGCGGUCGGCGCAAACGGACCAUGCGUUGUCCAUGUCAAUUUCGGCCAAGCUGGAUUUGUCUUUAUCGAGGCCAACGUGAAGAAGUGGGGCCUUGCGCCGAUGACGGGCUCCUUGGCGCCGCCGCCGCCAUAUGGGUCAGAACAAGGGAGCAUCCUUCUUGAAGCUGGGACCAAAGACGGCUUCACAAGCUCACAGGCUCGCGGUCACCGUCACAGCCAUUCAGUCCAGUUGUACUCGAGACACGGCCACAACACAUUGGAUCCUGGCCAUGCCCGCUCGAGGUCGGGGAACAUACGCGUACUUUCCCCCACGAGCCCAGGGCCUCUCCGCAGCCCAACUGACAUCUCGCUCGCCCACCUAGCGCCAACGGACGAUUCUGGGGAAGCCAGCAGCAGCGCUGCAGCAUUGGUGCUGGCCGCGAACGGCCCCAACCAGCCGUCCGUUAUCCUCGGUGUAGAUGACGCCAACAAUCCUCCACCCCCCGAAUACACCAGCCCUGAGCACUCAGAUGCGGAGACGGAAAGCAGAAGAAAUAGUAGUGAUAGUGAGAACACGCCGUUGAUCCAUCUCACUAGGAGCCGUGGGGGGUCGUUAGCGACUGUGCGGGAGAGGGCAAACAGCGGCGCCAACAACAACAGGCCGUCACCCUCGCGGGGCCCGCCGAGCCCGCCGAUUCCGAGCUAUCAGGAUGCUAUCCAGCAAGGUGCGGGCCGGGAAAGGAGUGAUAGUGCGAGGACCGUGAGGUCUGCGCGAUGA